AUUAACAUACACAUUUCGACCAUGGAUCACGAGGACUCUAGGGGAAAGGCUAAUGAGAGUGGCGGAGAGGUGAAAUACAGAGGCGUCAGGCGGAGGCCAUGGGGGAAGUUUGCGGCGGAGAUACGAGACUCCAACCGCCACGGCCAACGCAUGUGGCUUGGAACUUUUAACACAGCUGAGGAGGCGGCUCGAGCAUAUGAUAGUGCUGCUUAUGCUAUGAGGGGUCACUUAGCCAUUCUUAAUUUUCCUCAUGAGUACCCUAUGUCAAGUGGUGUUUCCAGUUCUACUCAAUCUUCAUCUUCAUCUUCGUCUUCAACAGGUUCUUCUUCAUCAUCGUCAAUGCGGGAACAUAAUGUGCAGGAGAGAGGAACAACUGGACAUGGAAAGCAGGUUUUCGAGUUUGAGUAUUUUGAUGAUAAGUUGCUGGAGGAACUUCUCGAGCAAGGAGAGAAAAAUAACAAGAAAUGGUGACCAUUUCUGGGCCAUGGUGAUGGCGGCCUAGCCAGCUAGAGUUCAGAUAUAAUAUAUUAUAAAUACACAAUCAGUUCGUUUUUCCAAAUUUUGAUU